UUCCUCUCCCAUCAUGGAGCUAAAGGUCGUCUUCCUGGUUGUCUCUCUGAUGACUUUGGCCAUCAUCUCCACUGACGCUUUCAUCCCGAAGUGCUGCAUCAAAACAAGAAGUAUCCCCCGUGAGAGGCUUAGGAGGGUUGAACGAUGGGAGUUCCAGAGCAGCAAUGGAGCAUGUGACAUUGAUGCUCUCGUAGUGUACAUAAAGGGCCAGCGGAAACCGUCAUGUGCUGACCCAAAAUAUGAAAAAUUGCUGCAGAUGGUGAUCGAGUGGAAAACAAGGAAAGACAACAAACAUAGGAAACAAUGAGCUGUGCAACAAAUUCUUUACUUUGCUUGUCCAUAAUGUUUCUUGUUUUUAAGAGUUUGGCUUUUACAAGCUCUUUCAUUUGUCUUGUUGAUUGAAAUAUUCAGGUUCUGCUUUUACUUCAACUCUAUGAGUGAUUUAUGUACUUAAGUUAAGUAUGGAGGAAAAAUUUUGGAACUGAACUGUAUGUUAUAUCGCUGAAUCCCUCACAUCUCUCUUAUUGCUUCCCAAGAUGAAGAUGCAAAAUUAUCUAAAUACCAGGCUGUAUAAUUAUUAACAUGGUCAACAUAGAGCUGAUAAAACCCUCAGCUCUUACUCAACAUUAAAUUUUUGUUGUAUAUUAACAGCCAAUACUGAUCAUUUUAUAGAUGGGCAUUGUGUAUAAAGAAGACUGUUGUAAUUUUGAGAGUAGGGAGGUUAAUUAUGGCAGCAUGUCUAAAAAUUGUUAAAGUUUGUCAAAGUCUUUUUUCACAUCUUUGUUUUCUCCUGUUAAAACCUUCGAAUCAUAUUUCUUAAAACACUUCAUCUAUUUAGAGCAGAAAACACAUAAAUAGAUGCUUUGUACAUUUAUAGUAUAGAAUAUUACUGUUUCUGCUUGAGUUUAAACAGCAUAUAUUUGAUAAUCAUAUAAUCAGCUUGAAGAAAUGUGCUUUAAAAAUGUUGCUUAUUUGUUCUGUGGCGUCUGUCUGCAAAUCAGUAGCAGUUUUUUUUUUUUACUAUAACUGUAUAUUUAAAUCUUAAUGUGGCACAAGAUAGCUUAUAAGAUGCUAUUGUAUCCUAUUGUUUCAAACUGUAGUUCAUGUUUUUGCAAUAAAUGAUAAUAUGUCAUAACAUGG